GCUUCUAAAAAUCUCUCUUCACUUUUCUUCAGCUCACAACUUCAGAUCUCUUCUCCAUUUCUUGCAAAUUUCAGGGUGAAGAAAGAAAAUGGUGAGACAAAAAAUCCAGAUCAAGAAGAUAGACAAUUUGACAGCAAGACAAGUGACAUUUUCAAAGAGAAGAAGAGGGCUUUUUAAGAAAGCUCAAGAGCUUUCAACUCUUUGUGAUGCUGAUAUUGGACUCAUUGUUUUCUCUGCUACUGGAAAACUUUUUGAGUAUUCAAGCUCCAGUAUGAUGCAACUGAUUGAGAAGCACAAGAUGCAGUCAGAAAGGGAUAGUAUGGAUAAUCCAGAACAGCUGCAUUCUUCUAACCUUCUGAGCGAGAAGAAAACCCAUGCAAUGCUAAGCAGGGACUUUGUGGAGAAGAAUCGGGAGUUAAGGCAACUACAUGGAGAAGAACUGCAAGGACUUGGCUUGGAUGAUUUAAUGAAAUUGGAGAAAUUAGUCGAGGGAGGAAUAAGUCGUGUCCUCAAAAUUAAGGGUGACAAGUUUAUGAAAGAGAUCAGUUCCCUCAAGAAAAAGGAAGCUCAACUCCAGGAAGAGAAUUCACAGUUGAAACAGCAAUCACAAGCAAGAUUGAAUGAAGAAGGGCAAAAUGUAAUUGAACAAGGACAUUCAGCAGACUCCAUCACCAACAAUCGCAGCUUAGUCAAUAGUCAUCAGGACUACAAUGACUCUGAUACAAGCCUCAAGUUAUGCUUGGCUUUUCCUUAAUGAGCUCGAUCAACAUGAAAAUGGGUGAUAUAUAGUUACUGAAACAAGGGCGAGUAAUUUUCUAUUUAUAUUAUGCAUCAUAAUUUAGUGAAAUGUAUAAAAUUGAUUAGAUUGGUUGACCAUCGAGUUUCUCGAGAACCGAGGGGUCAACGGUCUAAUCAGAGGGUCAUGUGAUAUUUAGCUUGGUGCUAUGUAUCAGAUCUAUUUAAAGAAUCAACAUAAAUAUAUUACGUAGUAAUUUUUUAGCAGUAAUUUCUUUGAU